ACUAUAGAGUAGGUAACCAGUUAGCUCUGAAGCGUUUCAUGGUGACAUGGUUCCCAUGUUUUCCCCAUUUGCUCUCUCGCGUGCAUCAGCACCCUGAUUCCCUCUCUAAUUCCCUUUCUUCUCCUCUUUUCUGCUCCCCGUUUACACAAUAUUAGCCACACAGAGAGAUGGCAGGGGCGGCCUCUUUUAGGUGGAUACUACAGCUUCAUAAGGACGUGCCAAAAGCAGCUCGUUUCUACUCUGAAGGACUGGAUUUCACCGUAAAUGUGUGCACUCUUCGUUGGGCUGAACUUCAAUCUGGAUCUCUUAAGCUCGCUCUCAUGCAAUCCCACAACAAUCAUGUUGUGCAGAAAGGGUAUUCUUCUUUGCUGUCAUUCACGGUAACUGACAUCAACACGACAGUGACAAAACUCAUGGCCUUAGGUGCUGAAUUAGAUGGCCCCAUCAAGUAUGAAAUCCAUGGAAAGGUUGCAGCAAUGCGGUGUAUAGAUGGCCACAUGUUGGGCCUCUAUGAAUCUGCAUAAAAGCAUCAGAUACAAGUGAUUUCUAUAUCAAUUUCAGUAAUACUGGUUGAUCUUUCUGUGACGUGAACUCUUUUGAGGACAAGGAGAGAAUGUAGGCAACUUUUCCAUUCUUUGGAUUUCCUUCAAUAAUUGAUAGUGUUUUUUCGUCCA